UACAACUGGGCAAAAUCAAAUAUAAAUUCAAAACCAUAAUCUCCAAUCACCUUCUUGAAGGUGACUUUUCUCUUGAGGGAUCUCCUCCUACUAAUUUGAUUCCCUAGCUACCAGGCUGCCAUUUUUUUUUCCUAACUUCCUUAUCGCCUCUCCAUCUCUCUCUCCACAUAUAACACCUCCCUCUUACCAAGGAUCCAUUCUAAAACCUGCUCUCUUCUUGCUGACAGUUUUUCAAAGGUCGCUCUAAGAAAACUAGAUAAGUUUCCCCAGCAUUGCAGGUGAGUUGCACUCCACAUGGGGAGACACUCUUGCUGUUAUAAGCAGAAGCUACGGAAAGGCCUGUGGUCUCCUGAGGAAGAUGAGAAACUUCUGAAUUAUAUUACUAAGCAUGGGCAUGGCUGCUGGAGUUCUGUCCCUAAACUGGCAGGCUUGCAAAGAUGUGGCAAAAGCUGCAGGCUGAGAUGGAUUAACUACUUGAGGCCUGAUUUGAAAAGAGGAGCUUUCUCGCAGCAGGAAGAGAAUUUGAUAAUUGAACUCCAUGCAGUCCUUGGCAAUAGAUGGUCUCAGAUUGCAGCUCAGCUACCGGGGAGAACCGACAAUGAGAUAAAAAAUUUAUGGAAUUCCUGCAUUAAAAAGAAACUUAGGCAAAGAGGCAUUGACCCUAACACGCACAAACCACUCUCUGAGGUUGAGAAUGAUAACAAGGAGAAGCUCCCGACGAGCAACAAAGCCUCUGCGGGAUCCAAUGAACUGAACCUCGGUGAGGUGAUGGAUUCAAAAUCACCUUCUAUAGUCAUGGAGAAAUACCCCCUUGAGGUUUCCUCCGAUUCCAAGAUGAAUAACAGUGGUAACUGCAGAAACAAUAAUGUUAAUGUUACAAGUACUCCUCACACUCAGGAAUUCUUACUGGAUAGGUUUGCAACCACCCACGAGAGCAACACCACCACAAGUUGCAGGCCAUCUGAUUUGGUGGGCUAUUUCCCUUUCCAGAAAUUGGAUUAUGCCCCCAAUAUUGGGCUGUCGGUGAGUCAAAGUACUUCACUCUGCUUCAAUUCAAGUUCCAGUUCCUCUGAAAUGAUUUCAGAGUUCAACUCCAGUUUGAGACAAAUUGUUCUGCCAACCAUGUCAAGCUCAAUUUUCCAAACGCCAAUACGUGUAAAGUCUUCUGUUAGUCUUCCUUGCGACAAUCCUUCUUGCGAUGUCAAUGGGGUCCAGAAUUGGGAAGGCAGCAGCUACAGUAACAAUGCGAGUAACAGCAAUGGAAGCAGUGGCAGUGUAGAAUUGCAAAGCAACACUAUCUUGUUUGAGAGCAACCUCUUCUCAUGGGGACUGGCGGACUGUGGAAAAUCUGGUGAAGGUGUCCCAAUACGCUCAAUAGAAGGUGAUCCAGAUGACAUCAAAUGGUCCGAAUAUCUGAAUAGCCCAUUUCUCCUAGGAACUCCAAUGCAGAACCCAUCCUCUCAAGCCAUGUCCAAUGAGGUGAAACCACAAGCACAACUCAUAACGGACGGGUCAAGUAACACUUGGCCUCAGAAUCAGCACCAACAAGCUUCACGGGUUUCAGAUAUGUAUGCUAAGGAUUUCCAGAGACUAGCUGUGGCCUUUGGACAAACCCUUUAGCUGCUUUAAUUUAUAGCAUGUGCAGUCUAAUUCAAGCAAAGAGAGAAAUAUGUCAAGUUUUUCAGUUGGCAAUGGCUUGGGAUGAAGAACCUUCUGGUUAUACGUGUGUGCUAUAGAAUUGUCUUCUUGUUUUGUAAAUGUGCCUGAUACAAGAUUUCUUCUCCUAAUGUUACAGAAUACUGUCAUCCUUGUCCAGGAAACACGUUAGAAUUUCAGAAUAAGGCCUGCUCCAACAGAUUAAUUUUGUUUUACUAGUAUUAUUUCUUAAACUUCUUUGUCCCUCAGAGUGCAAUUUAUCUGUAAACAAUCCAAGGAUAUAGAUUUUUGGUUGAACCAACGUUGUCGCCUUUUUCUGUGUAGAAAGCGAAGUACAGAGAGAUUGUGACUGUAGCCCUUGGAUAUCCAUGUAAAUCUUUCACUUUCCCAGGAUCAAUAUUUACCAUACUUUUUCAU